AUGCGUCCCUCAAGCGGCCUUAUUCUGGGCCUUCUCGCCGUCAAGGGCCUAGCCCAAACGGCUGCCGACACUGGAGCCCCAGCUCCGGAUAUUGUCACACGCGAUGACACCGGAAGCGGAGAGACUGGCGGCGAUGCUGGCGGCGACGUCCCCGCCAAUACGGAACCUGAACCCGAGCCUGAACAGCCAACACAAAGUGAGCCAUUACCUGAUGAUACAACGCCUGAAGUGUCGCCAACGGCUGCCGAGGAAGAUCCGGAAGUGCCUUCUGGGGAACCAGAACCAGAAGCGCCCGGCGGGGCUCGUGAAGGACCCUCUGAGUCUGCUCCCGAAGUUCCUUCUGAAACUCCCUCGGGAGCUGCUCCGGAGGGGCCCGCGGAAACCCCGUCAGAAACUCCAGGUGAGCCCUCGGAGGCUCCAGCGGACCUGACGACGAUAGCCGCGGAGCCUGAGACACAGGCACCUACUACCCAGGCGCCUGGUACACAGACACCUGAGGCUCGGCCGCCUGCCGAUUAUGAUGGAACAGUUACGCUAACCACGGCCGUUACAACACCAACAGACGAUGAAGAGCCCGCCCCUACAGGAUCCUCCGGUGGCGAAGACACUGAGCCCACCGGUGAUGCUGAGCCUACCGGCGAUGCUAAGCCCGAGCCGACAGUCGAGACGGGGGAUGGCGGCGACGACGACACCCCUGAAGAAACUGGAGGAUCGGGAGAGACCGAGACACCUGAAGAGACACCUGAAGAGACCCCUCAAGAGACCCCUCAAGAGACUGGAGGUUCCGAUACCGAGACGCCCGAGCCUACGAAUACCGAAGAUGUCGAAAACAAUACGGUCGGGACCACAGAAGAGCCUACUGGUGCUGCCACCAACCCCUCGUACCAGAGCCCGGACGCCACGACAGGCAACGAUGAUGAUGGUGAAGCUACUGCGACGGACGAUGACAAGCCUGAGGAGACUGAUGGCAGCGAGACGACGGGGACGGACGACGAUGAUACCCCGGCCACCACGGGUAGCAGUGAUGAUGAUGAUGACGCCGAGGAGACCGCCGUAGCGUCGAAGACUGCUGGCGGUUCUGGAGACAAGACUUCGUUCACGACUGUUGCUACUGCUGCUGCGACAAACAAGUCCAUCGACCUUCCUCUUGACAAUGCCAAGCCUGGUACGAACGCCAGGUUCAGCACGGUCGAUGGCAAGAAGGCUAUUAUCCUCUCUCCCAAGGCAAACUCCAAGGCCGACUGCACCAUCAACGUCGAGUCACCCCUCGAGAUCCCCAAGGAUGACUACGUCCGCGUCGUCGCCUCGGUCAAGGUGCAGAAGCCCGCGGGCUCCAGCUCCGACAAGACCGAGGUCAACCAGGUGGUCAAGGGGUGCAUUUUCAAGAUGAUAGUGGACGGCUCGGACGUGUACAACUCGGAGCUGCAGGAGACGGACGGCAAGUUCCAGGAUUUGACCAGCAACAGCUUCCAGGCGACCAACAACAAGCCCAAGAUUGACAUGGUGCAGGAGUGUGGGGAGCAGCCUGUUGAGUUGACUGUUGCCCAGGCUAGAAUUUCGGAUAUUGGGUCUGGAUCUUCGGGAAGCCGGGGUGGUUCUGGUGGUAGUGGUGGCAGCGGUGGAAGCUCUGGUGAUGAUGAGGAUGGCGAUGACAAGGAAGGGGGCUCUGGCGGUUCUGGCGGUUCUGGCGGUUCUGGAUCUGGGUCUGGUGGCUCUGACUCCGACUCCGAUUCAGGUUCCGGUGGCUCUGGCUCUGGUUCAGGCUCCGGCUCUGGCUCCGGCAGCGACUCGGGUUCCGGUUCCGAUUCUGGUUCCGGCUCCGGAGACUCUGGCUCAGGCUCUGGCGAUGGCGGCAGCAGCACCACUCCUGCCAACACGGCCGGCCGCGGUUCCAUCAUCAACAUGGCCCUGGUCUACGCUCUGCCCCUCGUCUUGGCUGCUCUGUUUUAA